AGAGCACAUUAACCCUGAACGCUAUUCCUGUACUUGCCCGCUAAGUGGCAUUCAUCUAACACCCCGGACGGAGGGAGCUCCGUGACAUAGACUAACUUUGACUGCUCCCAAGCGGUUAUAACAUCAACAACGGCAAGACAACUCUAAUUCUAAUACUAGUAUUUUAAGAUACUUCAAUAGUUCAGCUUUUAACUGCAAGGGAUACAAAAGCAGCGGUUAGUUUAUGUAGCCACGUUGCAUAAAUAUUAGGCGAUAAACUCAUUUCAACUCAAAUCUGGCCUAUCGGGAAUGUUGUGGAAGGUGUAUUGGUGCAAAUAACAUCGGUAUUCGGACUAGUCUUGUUUAAAUACCGCACACAUUCAGCUAUCAUCAUAUAUAUACUCGAAUGUUUAUGGCAUACAAUUUCAGAUAAAAUAUACAGAGAGGAGCACACACCCACACGCACGGAAUUUGUUCAACUGAUAGGAUCCAGUGCUGGACACAAACGCCUAGCUGCAAAAAUACUUCACUUCAAUUCCUCAGUUUGAAUAUUCCUAUUGCGGUGGAAGCAGCAGCAACAGCUAAAAAUGUGCAAAUGCAAUUAUGUAUACUUUGUGCUACUCCUCGUCUUCAUUAGGGUGGUAUCGCCAUGUCAGCUGGAUCUUCUGAUCCCCUACCCUUUGUUUGCGCAAAAUUUUGGUUCGAAAAAAGUCAUUUUCACGCCGCAAACGUCUUCGCUACAAUUGCAGAAGGGCGAAUCUGUAACGGCUUACUGCAGCAGCGGUUUGAUGUACAAGAAGAUUUAUUCUGAUCGUUAUGGCUACAACACUAAGUCUGACCAGUCUUUAGCUGUAAGCACCGCCGAGUUCGAUUGCGACUCGAAUAAUGUAAUCACAGCAAAAGGUCUCAGCAUCAACUUCAGCGGUACACAAACAACGAUUUUCUGCGCAUCGCAAACGACAUAUGAACUUUAUGAAAGCAAAAGAACUUUGCCAAACUGUGAAAAGUACACGACUUAUGCAAUAGGUGCGCCGUUCCAAGGUAUUGGCAAUACAAUUAAAGCUGGAGUCUGCUAUGAUCUGGACCAUUUUGAAUUGAAGUUUGUCAGCUUUAUGGCGCAUUCGAAUGACGAUGUGGACAUAUUCGGUGAGAAAAACCCUUCAGAUGAACUAGGCGUUGAGCUGAGCCAAAAGGUUGGCAACCUGAAGAACUAUUAUCAGUUUUUGAGUCAAACGACGUUUGACGUGUCCCGCGUUGAGUUGCGUAAAUCACAAACUCUCUUCGAUGCGUUCGAUUUUGAUUUAGACAGUUUAUUGCAAGAUGAAUCGCUGAAAAGUAAACUCGAUAGUUACGCUUAUCUCUUGAACACUAUGUGGUGGCGCCAACUACGUAAGCAAAACUGGCGCCGUUUCCUCGAAGCCCUCAGCGAACGUACACGUACCGCGAAGUAUCUCGUUUAUAUGGGCACCCAUGGCAAUAUCCAGCUACCAUCGAUGGACACCAAUUGCAGUUCCUUUAAAGGGAAAAUUAUAUCUAUAGGUACGGAGAAGAUCGCAGUUGCCGCACCCGCAUAUAUUUGGGCUUAUGUGAAGCCAACAGCAGGUGCAGACGAGGAAGAUUUUGUUAUAAUCGCACAUAAUUCACCUUAUGUUACGAAUCCGGGUCCCAGCGAAUUCUGUGAAGUGGAUGUAUGCGAUGAAGUUGAGUGGUUGAAAAAUAGCGCGUUCGGAAAUUUACGCCAUCUGGCGACACUAGGUUAUAUGUUUUGCUGUCGUCCGGAGGAGGUGGCACAAAUUAUCGACUACUUCCCGUUGCCGUUGGAAGAAAUUAUAGUAACGCGUUCCAUAGAACAAACAAAUGUAGAAGAAGUGGAAAAAGUUAAAGUAUAAAUGGAGUAUUGGGAAUGCAAAUCUUUUAUAAUAUUAUAUUAAAUGCAAAAUACUUCAUAUGUAAAAUAUUUCAUCUAUUAAAUAUAAUGAAUGAAUUGCCCACAAAGCAGGAAGAA